AUGUUAUUUUGUAAUGCUACGCUUAUAACAGUCAAUGAGACUCGUGACAUCAUUGAGAAUGGGGCUAUCCUUGUCAAGGAUACAUAUAUAAUGGCUAUAGGGAAGGCGAAAGACUUGAUUGAAGAAUAUAGAGAUGAAGAGAUUGUCGAUCUCAAAGGACAAAUUAUUAUGCCAGGCUUAAUUUCUCUUCAUGUACAUCUUGCCCAGUCAUUGCUCAGAACUGCUGCAGAUGACUUACCAUUGAUAGAUUGGCUCUGUGAUAGAGUGUGGUGUAUGCAAGGAAACUUCACAGAAGAGGACGGAUAUGUAGCAUCUAAACUUACCAUCGCUGAAAUGUUAAAGUCAGGAACGACGACUUUUGUUGAAGCGUUGUUCGCCGAACGUUAUGGCUUCAAGGGGGCUGUUGAUGCAGUAGUUGAAUCUGGAAUUCGGGGUUGUAUUGGUAAAGUUGUAAUGGAUCAACCCCGUUAUGCCACCCAAGAAGGAAUUUCUAUGCACCAAGGUUUAAUUGAAGAUGAGAGAUCCCUUAAUAAUACAAUUAAAUGCUUCGAACAAUAUAAUGGGGCUGGUGAGGGCUUGGUUGAGGUUUGGUUUGGUGCAAGGACUCCAGGCGGAGUGUCUGAGAAUUUAUAUCGUGAAAUGGUAAAAGUUGCCCGAAGUCGUGGUAUUGGGAUUACAAUGCAUUGUGCUGAAGUCAAGGCUGACAGAGAAUUUUUUGCUUCUGAGGGGCAUACGCCCAUGACUUAUUGUCAAGAUUUGGGUUUGUUGGGCCCCCGUACAGUUCUAGCUCACAUGGUUCAUCUAGAUGACAAUGAUAUAGAAAUCCUUAGCAAAACUGGAGCUUCAGUUGCACAUUGUCCCACGUCCAAUGCCAAAUUGGGAAGUGGGAUUGCUCGUGUAAAAGAGUUGAAUGAUGCCGGAGUUUUGGUAGGGAUUGGAUGUGAUGGGUGUCCUUGCAAUAAUGUAAUGGAUUUGCUUCAGGAAAUGAAGUUAGCAUCCUUGCUUCCUAAAGCAAUACAUGGUGACCCAUCUUUAAUACCGGCGGAAAAAAUUAUUGAAAUGGCUACCAUCAUUGGAGCAAGGGCUCUCGGUAAGGAGAAAGAAAUCGGAUCGUUAGAAGUGGGUAAAAAAGCGGAUUUCAUAUCUAUCAAUCUUUCUGAUAAAUUGUACGCUCAGCCUCAAAGAGAUCCAGUUUCCAUGGUGGUAUAUAUAGCAACUGGGUCUGAUGUCGAAACUGUUGUAAUCAAUGGGAAAAUUGUGAUUAAGAACAAAGUACUUUUGACUCUCGAUGAAGAAAAAAUUAUUAAAGAAGCACAAGUUCAUGGAGAAGAGAUCAGAAAACGGGCAAAUUGUCCCGCAGGUUCGAAAUGGCCCAUUACUUGA